AUGGAAUUGGUAUUCGAAAUGUCACAGCAAAUGAAUUUACAGGUUUUAUCAAAGUUAGCAAACUACAGAGCUAAACCUAGAUUGUGGACCAAAAGACUCAGUCGGGAAUUAUUCGAGGAGUUGUGCCAGGGCAUAGUGCCUUUAUUGCCUCCAAAGGGAAGACGACAUGGAAUCGAGCCCACACUUAAAAUACUUACUGCUUUGAACUUUUAUGCCCGAGGAAUUUACCAGGGGUCAGUGGGACAAAAUAUGGAUGGGCCCAUGGCACAACAGACAGUGUCCCGUUGUUUACAAGAGGUAACAACUGCACUUAAUGCACCCCACAUACUAAGGAAGCACAUAAGAUUCCCACAAAACAGGAAUGAAAGGAAUCUUAUUAAGCGGAAAUUUUAUGAUAAAUAUGGGCUACCCGCUGUGGUGGGGUGCAUCAAUUGUUCACAUGUAGCCAUAGUGAGGCCUUCGGAGCACGAGGAACAAUAUUUUAAUCGAAAACAUUUUCAUUCGAUUAAUACUCAAGUUAUAUGUGACAGUGAUUUAUUAAUUACAAAUGUUGAUGCUUCAUAUGGUGGAGCAACUCACGACGCUUAUAUUUGGAGGGAAUGUGAGAUAAGAAACCACUUGGAGGGUCUCCAGGAUGAAACAGUUUAUCUAUUAGGUGAUUCUGGUUAUGUUCUAAGGGAGCAUAUGAUGACACCUGUAGAUAAUGCUGUUGAGAACUCUCCAGAGGGAGCUAGGGAACUCCAUUACUGCCCAGAAACAGCAGGUAAAAUUAUAUUAGCCUGCUGUGUUUUACACAACAUGUGUAUAAGGGCUGGUAUUGAAGGUCCCGAGUUGACUGAAGAGGAACACCAAUCGGAGGGAACCAGCCAGGUUCCCUUUGAAACAGCCGCAUCUUCUACUCAAGCUUUACAGGCAGGUCGAAGGGCAAGGAAUUCAUUAAUACAAAUGUUAGAAAGGAACCGGAGAUAA